GAAAAAAUCAAAUUUGAAGCUUUUAAAAAUUAAGUUAGAAGAAAAGAAUUUUAAGUAGACUUUAAAAUGAUAAAAACACUGUUAUAGAUAUAUUUUUUAAUUUAUAUUCUUGUGCUUUUACACAAAGUAACUGCAUAAGUAGAUUUACCAUUGAACUUAUAAAAUUUUAUAGUGUAGAAUUGUAUUAAUGAUUGUAAGACAAAUUGUUAAUAAGGAUAAUCAAGAAUGUAAAUAUUAGGAGGUAAUCAAGGCGCUGUUUAAGGAGUACCAAUAAUAACUUAUUAAUAGUCUAAUAUAUAGGCAUUUUAUGAAGCCAAAUUAACAUUUAAUAUUUAUUAUAUCCAAAAUUAAAACAUAAACUCUUUAGUAGUAUUCUAAAAUUAGAAUAAUUGUACAAAAUCAGGGUAAACUUUUUAACCUUUGGGUACUAUAACUUAAUAAACUGAUAUUUACUAGGGAUAAACUCUUUAAUACAAUAUAUCGAAUUCUAGUUAACUAAACCUAAAAAUUUUUUCAUCACCAAGUCUUUAAUUUGGAAUUGAUCUUUAGUCUAUUAAGUUAACUGUAAAUUAUUGCAAGGACCCACUAUGCUCAGUUUGUGACUCUAGUUCUUGCUCAUAAUGCAAAGAUAAUGCUUAAAUUGUUUCAGGUUCUUGUGUUUGCUAAGAUAAAUAUUAUUGGGAUGAUGAUUUAUAAAGUUGUUUGUAAUGUGAUAGAAAAUGUAAAAAAUGCUAAUUCUUUUCUGAUAAUUGUACUGAAUGUGAUGGUAACAAUAGAGACAUAACUUAAAAAUGUGCUUGUUUUUCAUAUUUUUAAGAAAUAUAUGAUUAAACAAAUAAUUCAUUUAGCUGUAAAUGUUUAGAUACUGAUAAUAGAAUUUAGUUGCAAGGUAGUUAGCAGUGUGUUUGCAAAUCAACACAAUAAACUACUGGUUAUUUUUAAUUAAGAGACUAAUAAAAAUGUGAGUAGUGUGCAUAGUAUUGCUAGGUUUGUGAUACGUAUCCCUCAAAAUGCUCAUAAUGCUCUUAUAAUCGUGAUCCUAAUAACGGAUGCAACUGUUUAUGUGGAUUUUAUAAAUAGUUUCCUACUUCUGACUCUUGUGUCUUACUCCCUAAAUAAUCAAGAGAAUUAUCAAACGGAUAAUGUAAAUGCAAGCAAGGAUUUUAUGAAAAUAAUUAGCCUGAUUGCGAUAAUUGUCUUCAAAAGUGUGUAACUUGUGUAAAUAAAAACUCUUGCUAAACCUGCCAACAAGGUAGAGAUAUCAACAAUGAUUGCUAGUGCUUAAUUGGAUACUAUGAAUUUACUCCUCUUGCUCCUACUUGUGGAAAAUGUGAUUACAAAUGCUCAGAAUGCAUAACAAGUGCAAAUAAUUGUACAAAAUGCAGAGGAGAUAGAAUAAACGCACCUUAGUGCUAGUGUCCCAUCUUUAAAUUUGAUAAUAAUUAAGAAAAUUGUCUAGACUGUGAUUUAACUUGUUAAACAUGUAGUGGAAGUAGUCCAACUAAUUGCUUAAAUUGUAUGAGUGAUAGAAUAUUUAAUCCUUCAAAUAAAAGUUGUGAAUGUAAAUAGGGACUAUAUCAUGUUUUCAAACAAAGACAGUGUGGUCAAUGCUCUUAGGAGUGUCUUACUUGUGUGAAUAACAAAUUUUAUUGCACUUCUUGUAAAUUCCCAGAAGAUUUUCUAUUUGAAGGCAACUGUUAUUGUGAUAAAAAUAACACUUCUAAAAUAAGAUAACAAGAUGGUAGUUGCUCAGAGCCUAAUUAUCUUACAUUUUAAAUUUAUUCUACUAUAGAUUAAAUUAAAUUUUAGAAUUUAAUAAUUAUUGAAUUUGACGAGGAUUUAAUUUUAGAUGAUUAAAUUAAACAAAAACUGUAAUAAAUUUUAUAGAUUUAACAAACUAAAAUAUACAGAAACCUAAAGUAGACUAGCUUUGAAGAUAAAACAUAUUUUUAAAAUUCAGACCCCUAGUUUGCCUAGUUUAUUGAUAAUCAAGCAGGCUAAAGAAAUUUGUAAUAAUUUAAUGCACAGUUUAUAUUUGAGAGCAUCACCAGUAACUCAGUGAAGUUCAGAGUUGUCUCUUCUGAAAGUUUUUCAGAUUUAGAUCUCAAAAUUACGUUAAAAAACACAGAAUUUGCUAUUUCAAAAAGCAAAAAAAGAUUAUCUAAUGCAAAUAUUGCUAAAUUUUGGAAUAUAAAUCUGGCAAACUAAUACAAUUUAAACAGUGAUUAAACUCAUACACAAUAGCAAUUAUAGACUAUGGAGAGUAUUAAUAAUUUAACUUUUUUUGGAGUAUUUUAGCACCUUUAUUUAUAUUUUAUACUAAUGCCAGGCUUUUAAAUUAUGGCAAUAAUCCAGAUACUUCCAAUUUAACUACCUCCUAACUUGUAUAAUGUUUGUAGAAUGUUCAAUCUCUUAACCUUUUAAGUCAAUUUUGAAUGGGGAUUACUUAAUUAUAACUAAUAAAAUACAGUUUACAAUAAAGCUAUCUCUUCAUAAUCUGAAGAUAAUGCUAUCCCAUAAAAUUUUAGGAGAUUAGGAUUUUCUUCUAAUUUUUUUAACAACUGUCUUGAAAUAAUUAUUUUGAUCAUAAUUAUGAUAACGAUUACCUUUAUAUUAUAUUUAUUAUACUCUCACACUUAAGAUAAGCUUUCAAAAUUAUUUUAGUAUAAAUCGUACAUUACAAAGGCAUUUAAUUUCUCUCAUAAUGUUAUCUCUUACUACAUAGAAGCAACCAUUUUCUUCCUUAUAAUAGGUUUUUGGCUAAAUGCGAUCUAUGUAUAAAAUAAUGGUGUUAACAUUUUCGGAUUAAUUUUUUCUAUAGCUGUCGUUAUAUUUUUAGGUUACUUUUUUACUUAUUAAGCUUGUUUAAUCCAACUAAAAACAGAUAUGGUUGCAAACAGGCAUAUGAGUAAUUUUUUGCUGAUUUGCUUUUGGUAUCAAAAAUUUUUUAAACUCUUUAGAUAUGUAAAAAAGGUGUUGAUUUUAAGCAUUUUAGUGAUUUUUAACUUUUCUCCUAUAUCGUAAAUGGUAUUAAUAAUGCUGGUUUUUUUUACUUUUUUAGUCUUGAGCAUAGUUAUAAGACCUUAUAUGUACAAGGUAGAUAACAUAAUUCUAAUUUUAAAUGAUUCUAUAUAAGCUAUAUUAUCUGUGCUUUUGCUUACAAUUACUAUAUUGUAUGAAAAAAAGAUAAAUAGUGCUUUUAUAAUUAGCUAAGUUAAUAUAAAUUAGUACAUUAUUGUAGGCUGGGUUGCAGUUAGUUUUAUUUCUUUAUUUGCUAUUUUAAAUGUUUUUUAUCAGCUGUAUAAUUUGAAACGUAUUUUUGAUUUUAUUUUUAAAGAUAUUCACAAAAACUAAUUCCCAUAGAAAAACAACUAAAGCCCAGAUCAAUCAAUUCUUAGGAAAACUUUAAAUUAAGAGCAACUCUAUGGGAUAGAAAAUAUUUAAGAUGAGAUAAUUUAGCAAGCUGAUAAGAAUUAUCUUGAAUUUCUUAAAAACUAAAGAUUAUAAAAGCUAUUAGAUGAUGAAAAAAGAAAAUAUUUUGAAAAUGUAACUCUGUAAAAUUAAAAAUAGUCUUUAACUCCUGAUUAAAUGAGAUAUAUCAAGGCUUUAAAUAGAAACUCAAUUUAUUAAAAUUUUGAAAUUAAUCCUGCAAACUAAUAAAUAAACAACAAAACAAAUGUAUAAGUUGGUACUUAAAAUUAUGUGAAUAGUUCUUAAACAGACAUAAAUUAAAUAUAAUUUUAGGCUACUAAUUUUUAAUAACCUGAAGUAAGAUAAAAUUAUGAACCUUAAUAUUUAAUAGAAUUAGUGACUAAUUAGAACUAUGAUCAAGUUUAAAACUAAAAUAUAAAUUAAAAUUUCAUAAUUAACCCAUAUUUGAAGAAUAUGAGAGUAAACUAAGCUGAGAGUCCAAAAGAUUAAUUUUAAACACUUGAAAAUGAAGAAUUGGAAGAUUUUAACUAUGAGCCAAUAUUUUCAUAAAACAGUGCAUCUAAUUAUUAAGUACCUUUAAUUAACAACUUAGAGCAGUAGUCUUAUUAAUAACAAUAAUAAAUUUAAUAUCAAUUAGAAUAGAAUAUUACCAAUUAAGCCAAUAAUUAAAACUAAAAUAUUUAGUAAGGCACUUAAUAAUUCAUUAAGUAAAAUGAAAAUGAAAAAUAGACUGAGGUUUUAUAAAUUAAACCAAUAUAAAACUAAAAUGAAAUGAACAUUGAUAAAAUUAAUGAACUACAAAAACAGUAAUAACAAAUAAUAUAAACUCUUCCCUAUAAAGAAUAAAAUCAAGAAAUUAAUGAUUAAGCUUAAAUCUAAAAUAAUAAUCAAAAUCAUGAAAACGAAAAUAUUAAUAAUAACUUACAAAAUGAAGGAGACUAUCAAAAUUAAAAUGCUUACAUACCCUAAUAAUAACCUUUCAGUCAUAAUUAACUUGAUGUCAUUUAAGAGAAUUUUAAUGAAUAAGAUUCAAAUUAUUAUUCUCCUGAUUAAAUUAUUUAGCGUAUUUCAGAAUAUAAAAAGUCAAAUAAUUGA